UCCGCAACGCCCAGGCGCGAGUCAAGGCAGCCAGCAGGCAGUUCGCCAGUUCUGAUUGGAACGCCACACAGCGCGGUUUAGCGAGCGCUUUCACAAAUCCAACGCCUCGACUUGACUAUUGCUGGCCAGGAUGCAGUGCAGCUAUUGUGUAAUGCUGCUCGCCUUGCUGGCCGUCUGUCCGCGCCCCAGCCAAGGAGAGACUAGGACGAAACGCGGCACCAUUACCCUCGACUUUGGCCUGCUGUUGCGCAAUCUCCUGCAGAAGAGCGCCGACUUGUCCAGCGUCAAGGCGAACCUUACUCGAAAUAUAAUCAAUGCUAAGACGACCAGGCGACCCGCCAUGAUGAGCACCACCACCACGGCAGCGCCACCAGCACCACCGCCACCGCCACCGCCACCACCGCCGCCACCGCGACGCAGACCUCAUCCUUUCUAUCCGGGACCUGGUUGGUGGCCACGCCCCUACGACUACGAUUACGACUAUGGCGACGCACCCGCACCACCAGCACCGAAUACAGCAGCACCCACAACAGCAGCACCAGCACCAACUACACCACCAACACCACCGCCACCGCCACCUCCACCACCAAAACGCGUGCGUCCUGCACCACGUCCUGUGGGCCAAUUUUACUAUGACUACGAUUACGACUAUGGAGCGCCUUUUGCACGUUCACGUCCGCGCGCGCGACCACGCCCACAGCCGCAGCCAGCAGCGCCGCCAGCGCCGCCAGCACCACCAGCCCCGCCAGCACGCCGUCCUCCGCCCCAGUUGACGGAUCAGCUGAUCUAUCAGUAUGCACAACCCGCUGAUAUCUACUCUAAGCCCAGAUUUCUUGGGGGCAACGCUGCGACUGCGGUUGCGGCUGAGGCUGCGGCUGAGGCAGAGACAGCGCCAGCGGCAGAAGGAGCAACAGAGGCAGAGGCAGCGACUGAUGAUGGCGACGUUAGCGACGGCUCCGCAGCGGCAGAGCAGGAUAUUGGCGACACGGAGGAGCCUGGCAAAACCAAUACGAAUGUGAAUCCCAAUCCGAAUCCCUAUCCCUACCUGGAGCAGCCCGACAAUUCCCAUCCGAAUCCCAAUGGCUUUCUGGUCAACUAUCCCGACGAUGAUACAUUGAAUCAGCCUCAAAGCUUCAAUUUGAAGCCAUUCGGCUCGGUCAAUCUGGGCUUCAAUCAUCAAUCAAUCAAUAGCUACACAGCGCCAGGGUUGCCACACUCCAGUUACUAUUAA